CGUGUGGUGUUGAGUGCGUUGUAUCAUUUGGUGGAGUCGAUCCGGAGGGUGGACCUCUUUGAGAUGGUGGUGCCGGGCGAGAGGAGGGCGGCCUGGGGGGCGCUCAGGGAGUCGUUUAUUGAGGAGUUGGAACAACCCAUCGAUAAUGUGGGUCAGCCACUGGUGAUGGUGUUGUUUGAGAUGAUGCCGGCGUUUUGUCACGGCACUAGUCCGCAUUUCCCGAUGAAGAAGGUAUUAUUAUUGGUAUGGAAGGUGUUGCUGACAAUAUUGGGUGGGUGGAAGGAGCUAAGAGAGGCGAAGGAAAAGAAGAGGAAGGGGGCGGGGCUUGGGACGGUAGAGGACACUUUGCUAGUGGGCGGAGCGAUGAGGGCAUCGAUCAUUCACGGGACGGAUUUGGAGCAGGGGAAUGGGGCGUUGGGCGUGGCAAGACCGCGACGCUCCACAACGGCACAUCCAAGCGCGCGGUUGAUCGGUAGACAAUUGGCGUGUACAGGGUCAGAAGAUUCGAAGGAUGACUUCGAUGACUUGACACCAUCUGGAGAUAAGCCAAUAGAUGAAGAGCGGCACGGAAGGGGCGUGGCCAGGUCAGACUCGGAUACGGAUGCAGAUGGUGGGCGUGGUGUGGGUGAGGACGAUUUGCCACGGGAUUCAAUUGGAGAGGAAGAGCUGACGUCAUUAGAGGAUGACGUCAUCGGGGAAUUAAUAGCUGGCUGUGAAACAGGGGUGACAGAUGAUAAAAACGCCGCCGAAAAGGAGACAGCGCAGACGGUGGGCGGGGCCAUUAAAAAGGAUAUGCCAGCCCCAGAGCCAGGCACGCCCAUACCAGGUACCCCGUCGAGUACAACCGCAGCAAAAUCAUCCAGAAGGGCGAAUCCAUUACUAAGUGUGACGUCAUCUGGUGAACGCACGCCAAUAGCCGGAACCCCGCCCCCGAUGGAAGUGCUGUUUCGGCCGUCGUUGCCGUGGCAGCCGAAGGUGAGGGAGGAGGAUAUUGAGUCGUUUUUGCAGCACGAAAGGAUGAAAUUUUUCGGCUACUGUUUGCCAUCGGAUUCGAAAACCGUGUUCGGAUUGCCCGAACCGAUCCAACGGAGCGUUGAGGCGUUACGAAGACAUGUUUAUGUGUCGUUGGGUGAUAUUCAGGCGGAACGUGAGAAGUCGUUGAAUCGAUACGUAUUCUCGCAACGCGAAACGGGCAUUGAAAUGAACGUAACAGAGCAAUUGUAUAGAAUGAUGCUGCCGAAUUUGAGUCAGUACAUUAUUGCGCUGCUAAAGGUGCUGCUGGCCGCGGCACCGUCGUCGAAGGCGAAGAGUGAGGCGAUAAAUAUAUUGUCGGAUGUAUUAACGCCCGAAACGGAUAACAAUGAGGUGUUAUCGAAUUCGAUUAAUUUCGAUAGCUCGUUGACGAAUAUUUUGGAGCAGAGUGUGAGGAUUGCGAUUGAUGUGAAUAGACAUAAGGAGAUAAUGGUGAAGGCCGCCUCAUCGAUCNAUGAAACACCUACGACUGAAUCACGUCUAUCAAUUCGAGUACCUCUCUCAGCAUUUGGUAUUUGCCAACUGUAUUCCUUUGAUAUUAAAGUUCCUCGAUCAGAACAUGGUCAGGUAUGUACAGUCGAAACACGAGCUGUUACCCUUCAACUACCCACGGGCACCUCUGCAUUACGUCAGGAAUCAUGACGAAUGGCCAGUGUUAAACGUGGACAAUGUGGAGGAGGUUGA